AUGGAAGACGCUGUCCUUUGCCAGGAGCUAAUCGAUGGAGUUUACCUCUUCGGGGUCUUCGACGGUCACGGCGGACCAUAGGUGGCCCACUUUGCUGCUCAGAACCUCCCCAAGGAACUCCUCAAUGACCCAUCCUUCAAAGAUCGACUAGCUGCUGCUGAGCCCACGGGGAGAGGAAGAAUGACGGUGAUCGGCAAGAGGCUGGGCGUAACGCUCGGAUCCAAGGAGAAGGUGAGCUACCGAGCUGGAACCACCGCUGUGGUGCUCCUCAUGACCAAGGACCGCUUCUACGUUGCCAAUAUCGGCGACUCCAGGGCGGUCCUGUGCAGGGGCGACAACGCAGUUGCCCUCUCCACCGACCACAAGCCCGAUUCCCCCUCCGAGAAGGCCAGAAUCGAGAAGGCGGGAGGCUACGUGCAGCUGGGAAGGGUGAAUGGGUCGCUGUCCCUCUCUCGCUCCUUCGGCGACUUCUAG